UGUAUGUGUUCAUAUUAAAGGGUUCGUGCUAACUGUUAACCCGGGUAAACGGUUUUAUUUCGCUCCGCCCGAGGACGGAUACAAACAUGGAGCAGAGCGGCAGCGUCAACGCAGAUCCUGCUCAGCGCUCUGACGGUCGUUGCACACAAUGGCGCAACUGGUCUGGAUUCUGGAUCCUGGGAUUGUGCAACAACUUUGCCUAUGUGGUCAUGUUGAGCGCUGCCCACGACAUUCUCAAAAAACAGGAGUCCGAAAACACCACGGCAUCUACAUCAGCCACACUGGACCUUCAUUUGCAAGGCGGAAACAGUAGCAACAGCAGCCGCUAUGACUGCAAUCCUGUCUCCACUGCGGCUGUGCUGCUGGCCGACGUCCUCCCAACGCUUGUCCUCAAACUCUUUGCUCCUUUUGUAAUCCACAAACUGCCUUAUGGUUACCGCGUGUUGUUCUGUGUCGCCAUGGCAACGGGAAGCUUCCUCCUGGUGUCGUUAUCGACGGGUGUUUGGAUGAGCAUCCUAGGUGUGAUUUUUGCCAGUGUCAGCUCUGGACUGGGAGAACUCUCCUUCCUCUCUCUCACCGUUUUCUUCUCGAGGGACGUACUGGGAGGCUGGGGCUCAGGCACUGGAGGUGCUGGUGUCGCUGGAGCCUUCCUCUACUCGGGCCUCACCCAGGUCGGCCUCACGCCCCAGAUUACACUGCUCCUCAUGCUGGUGGUCCCAGCUGCUAUGUUGAUAAACUAUUUCUUCCUCAUGGUUCCUCCGCCAUCAUUGCCUCAGUGGAAAAGCAGGGAGCCGGGGUAUCUGGCUGUGACCUCGGAGGAUAGACGGCGGCUGAUGGACCCAUCACAGGAGGAGGAUAAAUCAAUCCCAGACUGUGUUGUCUUCUUCCCUCUCAAAGUGACAGAGGACAUGAACACUGGGCCUCUCACCUUCACAGAGAAACUGCACGUUAUCAGAGGCUUGCUGAAGUUUGUGUUUCCUUUGGGAUUGGUCUACUUUGCUGAGUACUUCAUCAACCAGGGCUUGAUGGAACUCCUGUAUUUCCCAAACUUUUUCCUGUCCCAUGCAGAGCAGUAUCGCUGGUACCAGACACUGUACCAGUUAGGUGUCCUGGUGUCUCGGUCCUCACUGUGCUGCGUGAAGAUCAGGAAACUGUGGACUCUGUCGUUGUUACAGGUGGUGAAUGCGGUGCUGCUGCUGUUUGCAGUGCGUUACCUGUUCCUGCCCAGUGCCUGGCUGGUGUUUGUUAUUGUCCUCUAUGAGGGUCUUCUGGGAGGAGCCGCGUACGUCAACAUCUUCUACUUCAUCAGCAAAGAGAGUGAAGACAGACACAGGGAGUUUGCCAUGGCUGCUGCCAGUGUAGGAGACAGUCUGGGCAUAGCUCUGGCUGGACUCGCUGCGUUCCCUGUCCACAGAUACUUCUGCUCCCUGUAACCCCGCCCACAUGCUGACCACCAGGAAGAAGAAGUGAGAUGUGGGUGGGAACCAUUCAAGAGUUCUUUAAAGCUUAUGUACGGUUUGGGGAGUUUAGGUUUAAUGAGAGAAUUGUUUCAGUUAUUUAAAGCUUUUUUUCCUAAGAGUGCAAUUCUUUGAACCACUUAAUUUGAUUCAGAGGGCUGUGAUGCAGAUGAUAAUUAAUGCAUAUACAGUACAAACAUCAAAUUGAUUUCUCUUUUUUAAUGUAAUAAAUCAUCGGGCAGUAGCAUGUUUGUUCAUUCUGCUUCAAUAAUGCGUCACUGAAUAUAAAUCCAACAUGUUAGCAAGAUAAGGAACAUUUCCAUGUGAAGUUUAGACAAAAAUGAGUCCGUAUCAGUUCCUCUCUGUGCUGCCACUGUGAGUCACUGCUGACCAAUAUUACUUAUGCACUAAUCUCUGUUCCCGUGGUUCUGUGACAAAGCAAUCUCCAAAAUGAUUUUCUGGUAACAAAUGAAUCGCAGAGGGAUUGUAAGGAGAAUAUUUGCACAAAUGUUGUGUUUAUAUGACACAGUAUUUUACCUUAAGAGUUUACUCAAACACAAUUGGUCAAACUUGAAAUGUAAACCAUUAGAAAUCUUGCCAAUUUUACAUUCCAUUUAAUUUUGACAAUGAAUUUCACAGAUGACGCCUGUAAAUGACGGGGCACGGCAAAAAAAUGACACCUGGCAUGCAGUAUAUGUGUCUGGUUUUAUAGUUUGGAGAACCUCAGUUCAAAUGAAAUGUGAACUGACCAAACACCAACGUAUAGAACAAGAACUGCCCUUUCUUUUUUAAAACAGCAAGUUAAAAGUGUUACAGCUGACUUCCAGAACUGACGUUAUAUUGAUUGUGUGAGAUGUUUAAUCUCUGUUUUAUAUCAUGUUGAUUUUGUGUCCUACAAUCUGAGACACAACUCAAGAGCUCCACGGUUCAAAGCUGUCUUUUAUUUUGGCUUGAAAACAUUUGAAAUAACAAGGACAGACCUGCUUUAAAUGCAUACAAGUUUUAAUCAGGUUCACUUUUCUUGUUGCCUUGUAGUUACUACAGUCACUGGUUCUAAUAAAACAAAAAUGCCCUUUACUGUGACUUUCUACUGUUUGCUCAUACACACUGUAACAGUCUGGAAAUGUCCUGAGUUUGAUUUAUUAAACUAAAUGAACUGAGUGAGAAUAUGUUUUAAACAGAAGUGAACGAGUUUUGGGGCAUGUUGCCUUUGUUGUGCACUUUUUCUAAUGUUUCAUAUUUUUUCUCCACAAAUCUCAGUUGUUGCUGCUUCCUUAAAGUAAUGCGAGUUUAACACAUGUCGAACAUUCCUGUUGACCCUCUUAACUACCGACGUUCAUCUAACGCUGCUGCUGUUGAAUUAUAAUUCUGUUUCAUUUUGAUUAUAUUGGUGUAUGUAUUUGUUACGUAAUUAAAAUGUUUUGAAGUUUA